AUGCUGUGGACGUUUGCUCUCCUGCGGUGGGUAUGGAAGGUUACGAGUGCGCACAAGGUCAUCCUUCUGUUACUAGUAUCAAGCGUGUUUAUGAACGGACUCUACACGUCGCAAGAGGCCUAUGAGUGGUGGCAUGAUCGAAACGCCGAAAAAUUCAUGGCCCGUCUAGGCGUCCACCCGGAUCAGGUCAUGAGCAAAGCUAUCUACAUGAGAGAUAUCGACGAUGCACUUGCAAACACAACAAUUGGACAAAACAGCAAUAACGCAAGCGAGUGCUUUGCUACUUUCCACCAGCAAACACUAGGCGGCGAAGGGGCCUCGCGCUCCCUCGGUACUUCGAGUCCGAAAGACUCCAUGACCAAGAGCGCUGCUCGACGACUUCAGCAGACUCGUGAACGACUAGCCUUGUAUCGCCACAAUCUCUUGGUGGCUCUCCGCGUGGUCAACAGUAUUGAGAAGGAAGUCAUCGAGAACGAAUGGGAACGCUGGCUCCGACAAGAGCUGCGGCGGUGCCGUCAGGUGGAAGUUCUUCUCGGCAAGUCCAAAGCUGGCGACGAGGCCGAUCUGCAGGCAGACCGCAUGGGCCAGACCAUCUUUGCCGGCCUCUCCGGCGAUGUCAGACAAUGGUAUGACCAAUACUGCACGAGUUGCCAGCGGGAACAGGAACAACUCAUUGGCGACCAGCGGAUAUCGGAGGUUUCUUAG